AUGAUUUCUUUCGUGCAUCUUCUUGUGGUAGGAAUGUUCAACGUUCUCUCUGCCCUCGGAGGUGGUGGUCAGGUCGAUCCUACUACGAGUAACAAUGCCAACACCAUCCUGUAUAGCUUAUUUUGUGCCUUCGCGUUAUUUUCGGGCUCAGUCUGCAACUAUCUUGGCCCUAAGGUGACUCUUGCGACGGGUGGAAUUGGAUAUUCGCUUUUAUCUGCCUCCUACUGGAGCUACAACAAUAACAAGAACGAGGCGUUUGUGUACUUUGGAGGGGCAAUGUGUGGAGUGGCAGCCGCGUUUCUUUGGACUGCAGAAGGAUCGAUGAUCAUGUCUUUGCCAAUGGAACAUGAGAAGGGUCGGUAUGUGGGGAUAUUCUACGGGAUCUCGUUCUUUGGCACCGUCAUUGGUGCCAUCAUUCCGACCGUGGAAAACUGGGGGGUCACAACAGCUGGUAGUGUUAAUGAUAGCACCUACAUCGCCCUCUUUGCUUUAAUGUUGAUGGGCAGCGUAUUGGCCUGUUUUGUGUCCAAUCCAUCCAAAGUCAUCCGCGCUGACGGUAGCAGAGUUGUGGUCCCUCGUCAGACUACCUUCAUACAGGAGCUCAAGAACGUUGUUCUUGUGGUUAGAAAGGAACCUUGGAUCAUGUUAUUCUUCCCUUACAGCUUUGCUGGGCUGUGGUAUAUUCCAUAUCAAAGCAACGACUUCAACGCUUACUUCUUUGACCUGCGAACACGGGCUUUCGGUAGCCUUUGGUUCGACUUUGGACAAUUCUCCAUGGCGGUCGUGGUUGGGGCUUUGCUUGACUUGAAGGCACUUGGGAAUCGACGUCGGCGUGCCUUCAUUGGCUGGGGCUUUUUGUUCAUUUUGAUUAACGCUGUUUUCAUUGGAGGCGUGUUUCCUGCGCGUCGAUCUCAGCGUGGCGAGCCCCCUUCACCCCUCAUAGAUGUUAACGACUCCGAAGCUGCUGGGUACAUUGUCUUGUAUACAUUCUAUGGUGCAGUGGAUGGCGCCUGGCAAACAUUUGCCUGGUGGAUCAUGGGAACUCUCUCCAACGACCCACUGGUUCUGUCCAUCUAUUCUGCAUUUUAUAAAGUCUUUGGGGCUAUGGGGGCCGCCAUAGUAUUCAGUCUGGAUGUGAAAAAGACCAGCUAUCGGGCGAUGUUUGGCAGUUAUUGGAGUUUGUUGGCUGGAUCAAUGGUUCUUGUGCUGGUUUUGAUCUACAAACGGGUCCAAGACUCGCUUAUUGACCUGGAUCUCGCUCAGUCAAAGGAGACGGAGACAAAGGACAUAAUAGAAUGA